UUCUCUUCUUUACCCCGGAUCUUCUCACUGAGCUAGUCCUGCUAUCUAAUCUAUCCUUCCCUCCCUCCCUCUUUUCUCUUUCCUCCCCAUCUUCAGUACUUCAACCACCACCACCACUCGGAAUCUCUCCCCGCUGAUAAGAACUCGGUAUCGGAUCCCGAUCGGAUUCUUUUCCCCCUCCCCUUUCCCCGCAUUCAAUCUCACUACUUAAACACCUCAUCUGCUGCAAUCCCUCCCAGAAAUGACAUCGAGACCCAACAAAGAAACCAAAAACACCCAUCCUGCCAUCCUGAGAAACAAUAAUCACCAAACACCCGCAGAACUAACGUCAAAAUGGGCUCCACCGCCAAUCCCAACGUGACCGCCCAGCCCCAUGUGCCCCCAGCCGGUGUUUGGUGUCCGGCCGUGACCUUUUUCGAUCACGCGACCGACACCAUUGACCUGAACGCACAGAAGCAAUACUAUAAAUAUCUAUCCACAACCGGUCUGGCCGGGCUCGUCAUCCUUGGCACCAACUCCGAAGCCUUCCUGCUCACCCGCGAAGAACGGUACCAAUGCAUUGCCGCCGCCCGCGAGGCCGUUGGCCCGGACUUCCCCCUGAUGGCCGGCGUGGGCGCCCACUCCACCAAACAAGUCCUUGAGCUCGCCUCCGACGCUGCCGCCGCGGGCGCAAACUACCUCUUGGUGCUGCCCCCGGCUUACUUCGGCAAGGCCACCACUAUGGCUGUCGUGAAGCGCUUCUUCGCCGACGUCGCCCGCCAGUCCCCUCUCCCCGUGGUCGUGUACAACUUCCCCGGAGUUUGUAAUGGGGUUGACCUGGAUUCGGAGACCAUCACAGCUAUUGUUCGUGAGUCGGAGGCGCAGAGUGCAUCGGGCGUGUCGAAUGUCGUCGGCGUGAAGUUGACCUGCGCUUCGGUGGGCAAGAUCACCCGCCUGGCCGCCACCUUCGACAAGGAUCAGUUUGCCGUGUUCGGUGGGCAGUCUGACUUCCUGCUGGCGGGAUUGGCCGUCGGGUCGGCCGGGUGUAUCGCUGCGUUCGCGAAUGUCUUCCCCAAGACGGCCGCGCGGGUCUACACGUUGUACGUCGAAGGCAAGGUGGACGAGGCCUUGGCGUUGCAGAGGAAGGCGGCGCUGGCGGAGUCGCCCUGUAAGAGUGGCAUCGCGUCCACCAAGUACGCCACGGCUAUCUUCUCGGCGGUGGCGGCUGGCAUCGAGGGCGCCGAGGAGAAGCUCAAGCCUCGCACCCCGUAUGAGGAACCUGCUGAGGGAGCCAAGGUUACGGUGAAGGAGGUGAUGGGCAAGAUGGCAGAUGUGGAGAAGGCACUGUAAGUAGAUCAUAAAUAGGAGAUGUACAGGCGUGAGAAAAUAGACUUUAGUUUCUCAGUUACA